AUGAUCAAGAAAGGUGGAUGGAAGUUCUGUCCGAAAUGCUCACAUCUGGUUGAGGAAGCUGCCGGGUACAAUCUGUCUGAGAGUAGGAAAGCCUCCAUUGCCUACGAAGCCCUUUCGUACGCUUCAGGUGAUCACAAGAACACGGAGCCGAUACAACUGAACGGCUCGCGUUCCCAAGUCUUUGGAAAUCUGUUUCUGGCAUUGUCCCAACUUCGGUUUCCGGAUAAAGAACGGUUGCUGUGGGUCGACCAACUCUGCAUCAAUCAGAUCGAUAUUCCUGAGCGCAAUUCCUCGGUUUUGCUCUUGUGCGACAUCUACCGGCAAGCAACAAGCACGGUGGUAUGGCUUGGGCCAGCUAAAGAGGGAACGAUAGAGGCCGUCCAUUUUGUGAACGAAUUCAUCGACCAAUACGGAGAGGAUAUCCGUCAACACCUUCUACGCUGGGCACAAGGUGGCUCAUACGAUUAUGCGCGUGAUGCGCUCAAGGAGCAGAGACAGUUCAGGGACGAUGUUGUCGACUUCUUGGUCACCCAAGAUUUCUGGUCGGCAAAGCGAUCUACCUAUAUGGACUAUAACGCGGACAACAGCCGAGUUCGCAAUGAUCCCGUAGCCAAAGCCAUCCACUGGAAGAAGAAUGCUCUUGAAGAUGUUAACAAGAAGACGAUAUUUGAGUCAGAAACGAGAUGCUCUCGAGGGGCUGGUGGACGCGCUUCUGGACCUUACAAGAAGCAGUUGUUUCCAAGGUGCUCAUGUUGCAAUGCGGAUCAGGCUGUCUUCGGUGGGAUGACUUCAGCUUGUUUGAACAGGUCAUGAUGCUUAGCCUACAUUGUAUUCGCCAUCACCUCAACCGGUCCCAUCGACAAUCGGUUGAUGGGAAGCUCCUUGUAUUACCCGUGGAAACAAUUCAAAACGAGGGAAGCUAUUCGAUCGCUAAGAUUAGAGAUGCAAAUUUUCGCUUUGCUCGACGAAACACGGUAUCUACAGGCGUCUGAUCCUCGAGAUACAGUUGUACUCGGUGCUCGGUAUCCUCAGCAAGCAGCAGAGACGGUC